CACCGUUAAAUCAAGAAAGCUUUGAUCGGAAAGGGUACUCAAGGCCUUCAUAGACGGACCGAUAUCUUUAUAAUUCUGGACUAUCAUCCAGUCUUUCGGAGGUUGAAUCGAGUCAAGCUGAUCUGCCCAUCGUGCACCUUGAGUGUGGAAGUUGAGAGAUGAUCUUUGAUAAGAGGAUCGCGAAGAGUGGAGGGUUAGAGGGUCACUAUAGGUUUUGACUGAUUGCAAAUCAUUAUACUCCGUAAAAUAGCCUAGAAUGGUAAAGAGGUUGCAUCACAGCUGAAGCAUGGUUUCUUCAGCAUUGGAGCUUGAGCUCGAUGACUAAGCCACGUGGAGCUUUCUUCGAAGUGCGUCAGAGCUUCAUACCAAUGCAGCCAUGGUGUCUACAACAACCCUGGACCGUUAUUGAUGAGAGAGCUUGACUCGAAUGCUCAGACAAAGCUGGAAUCACUCAGCCAUAAAGCACAUAAGCUCAUGAACUCGGGUACACUAACGGCUCAUCCUUUCAGCGAAAACCUUCGUCCUGGACUAAUUCGGAGCACACGCCAUGGAUGUCACGGUCACUUUCAAUGAGCUCCUACGGGAACGAAAUGCGCCGGAAACAAGAAAACGUGUCACAUUGGAUGCUAUCGAUGGUUUCUUAAAGGAGGCAUAUAGGAUUAAUUCGCAUAUUACCAGCCUGCAUCGAGAGCUUCAAGAUGUUCGACAAGCUUAUUUAUCGACUGCGCAGCCACGAAAAACACAUAAUCGAGUCGCAAAAGAACAAGCUCGUGUGCUUACGGAUCGAGACCGAGAAGAAGUUGACGCCAAUGCGAAGCAGAUGAUUCGGGAGUUGAAUGCUGGCAUUCGUGCUCUCGAUGAGGCUGAACAGUUACGGCGUGAAACUGAAUCAGCUAUAAUCCGAAAGAAAUUUGGAGGCCUAGGAGCUUUUGGGGCAUGGGCAUCAGGUGGCAUUAUUAGCAGUAAAACAGAGGAGCAUGCAGAAGCCGAAGCCAAGGCACGAGAUUUGGGAAUUCAUCGAGAUAGCAUUCUCUGGUUUUUACGGCAACGACUCGAGCUAUGCUGUCGAACGCAACAAGAAAUGAUGGAAACACGUCUCAAGCGUGAGUUGGAGAAGAACCGCAGCAUGCUUUCAAGAUCAGGCGCCACCAUUGCUGGAGAUUUCGCGGAAUUUCCUCCAUCUGCCCGACGAAACUCCCAACCAGCCCCUGCUGCACCGAUCCCUAUGUCCGAAGACGGUCAGUUCCCGAGCCAGGGGUUGACAGAGGAACAGAUCCAGAUGUUUGAGCAAGGGAACCAAGACAUGAUGAAGCAUUUCGAGAAUAGUUUGGACAAAGUCAGAACUGCUGAGAAGUCGCUACUAGAAAUAGCUGAGCUGCAGUCACUUCUCGUCAACAACCUUGCCACGCAGUCAGCGCAUAUAGAUCAACUCGUAGCAGACUCGUUUGCAACCACGGAAAACGUGGGCGGUGGUAACAAGGAAUUAAAAAAGGCGACACAGCGCGCAAGUCCAGCAAAGUAUACAUUCUUUGCGGCAAGUGGGCUCUGCGCUUUCCUUGUGCUUUGGGAUCUGGUAUUUUGAGUUGGCAAAGGAACAAAAGGGUGUGCAGACAUACUGACACCUAGGCAUUAAGAGCUGGGAGGGUAUGGGAGCCGCAACCAACUAUAUUAUAUCUCUAUGCUAUAUACUAAGCAAAUAGUCGAAGACGGAGCACAUAUAUGUGCCUUGUUAUGUUCAUCUUCGUAGUGGCUAAUGAGCUCAUGAGAAAUGUUUGACCUGAAGACAAACACCACUUUGAGUCGGAACAUGUCCUUACUUCAGACUGAGCUGAUUUUGGCCGUG